AUGGGUAUUACUAUCAGGAAGGCCACGAUAAAUGACAUACAGGCCAUGCAAAAUGCAAAUUUGCAUAACUUGCCUGAAAACUAUCUUUUGAAGUAUUACAUGUACCACAUCCUUUCCUGGCCACAGGCAUCCUUUGUAGCGACUACUUACGACGAAAUAGUCCACGAUGAAGAUGCUCCUGUAGAGGACCCCAAGGGAGACACGUCAUAUAUAAAUAAGGGAGAAAAGAUUGUGGGGUAUGUGCUAGGAAAAAUGGAAGAUGACCCGGAAGCUGAAGAUAAGACUCCCCAUGGACACAUUACUUCAUUGUCUGUCAUGAGAACGUAUAGGAGGAUGGGGAUCGCUGAAAAGCUUAUGCGCCAAGCCUUAUAUGCCAUGUGUGAAUGCUUUGAUGCCCAGUACGUAUCAUUGCACGUGCGUAAAUCGAACCGUGCUGCUUUACAUUUGUACAGAGACUCCUUGCAAUUUGAAGUUACGUCCAACGAGAAGAGUUACUACCAAGACGGUGAAGAUGCCUAUGCCAUGAAGAAGGUUUUGAAGUUGGACGAGCUCAUUCCUGGGUUGAUGCAAAAGGCAGAAGAAGUGGACGACUUAGAGAGUGAUUUGUUGGCGUAG